UCUUCAUGAAAGCCCGUUCACAAAUUCAGAGAUUUAUCUUCCUGCACACAGCUGACAUAGUGUUGCUAUGAGAACCUGGAGUUAAUUACUAUGAUUUACUGAUGAUUAGAGAGCCGAGCAGAGAUUUUGUCGUUACAUUACCACACACUGCCAGAGACCAACCGUGGUUUCCAGGGAAACUGGAAAUGUGAAGCUUUUUCAAUAGACACAGGCACGGCUCAAAGAGCGAGGAUUGCUUAAGAUAGAUUCUUCUAGAGACAAACCUGUAGCUGCUGCAAUCACUAUCAAUCAACAGGAGAGAUAUACGGACAGAUGUGGGUCUCAAUCAGCGCCGAGAUUUGUGAUGUUUGACCCAAAUCAGACAGAGAGUUAUGGAGAGGCGUCAGUCUGAGUUGGACUGCUGAGGUAUGUGUGCUGCUCGUGAUUUCAUACAGUUUGCUCCGUGCUCUUUGUUUUCUUAGACUAGAAAAGUACAGAUUUCCUGCGCAGCAUAGCUCAUUUAUGUGAUUUUUGAAUCAGCAGUUUAAACCUGAACUAUGUGGAUGAUUCUUUCGGGGCAGAAAGAUGGAAUAUGAGAUGAAAUGAAACUGAUAAAUGCACCUUAAAAGCGAGUUUGUAAAAAUGUGGUUAAAUGACGUGUUUAAUAACCAUAUUUGCAUAUUUGUUACAUAUCAUAGAGUGUUUUUCUCCAAAAAAAAAAAAAAAAAAAAAGCUGUGAGUUGUUUUCAUCGAACGGCAGCAGUGAUGUAACACUGCUACAUGCCUCUGUUGUGAUGCUUGACAUCAAUACCUAGAGUCGGAAAAUAUUUUUUUAUCACAAACCGUACCCUCUUUUACUCUCGACACAUGCUGGGACUUGACGUUCCAGUUUCAGUUUGAAUCUUAGGAGAACUGAACGUGAUUUUGUGUUAUUCCUUGCAGGUUUCUCACCACUUUGAUGCACAGACAGAAUGGGAAGUCUUAAAGAUGAGAUGAGAGGACUAUCAGAGGACCACAAGCCGUGUGAGAAGGCAGAUGAUGGAGAGCGUCCAGGCGGCUCAGAUGGCAGCGCUGAGCCUGAGGGACCUCAGAUAAACACAAGUCAAGAGUCAUCAACACAACAGAGCUAUCAGCCAAAACUCCACAUGAAUGCCAGCUACGAUGAAGAGACGGACAAGAAUCCAAUAUCAAAAGAUGACGAGGAUUCAGGAGUGUGUGACAAUGCUGAUCAAACAGACUCUUCAGAGAUGAAGGACUUAGAAGAAAUCUGUCAAACACAAGACCUUGACGCAACAAAGGAUACAAAAAACAACACAAAACCCCCCAACGAGAUCCUGAUAGAUGGAGAAAGUAACAGUGGAAUUCAGGGGGGGACAUCAGAGGGCAAAAACAAGGGUCAUGAAAAAGAGAAAGAGACAGAAAUCGGAAAUAUCACCAUCCCUGUCCCACUCACUCCAGGCCCCAGUGAGCCCUGCACCCCGGCGCCCUUCGGCCAGCACCACAUGCGCACACAGGUCAGUCUGGAGGUGGUCCAGUGUCACUCUGCAGCCACCAGCCCCAUGACGCCUCCAGAGGGAAGCCAUUCCUUCUUCUUUCCAAGCUCUUUAGGGAGAUCUACAACUGUGGGUGGUGACACUAAAGACGCAGAGCUACAGGUGGGCCGGCAGAUGGAGUUCUGCUCAGUUGCCACCUCCCCUAUGACCCCGAAGACACCAUUCACCACAGCUUUUCCUGAGCUGAACGGGAGGGAGAUGGUGCAGAAGAGGGAGGAGAGGGUGAAACAGAGGGAGGGGAGGGAGGUGACGGGGAGUUUCCCUGCAGCCAAAAGCCAAGCAGAGACAGAGGCAGAGAAAGCAGGGGAUUCAGAAUUUAGCACAUCAAAGGAGCAGAGUGAAGGCUCAGGCACUGAUGUGUCUCCAGAGAGCUCCACCCGCUGCCCUGCCAUGGAGUUGACAGAUUCACAACUAACUGAGGGGGACAGUCAUGAGCAGUGUAAGCAGCAGAGAAUGGGAAGUGUGGAUCAAGACAUUACAAUCCUAGUGACCCACCAUGGCAACAAUGAAGGGGAAGAGGAGGAGAGGGCUGAGUCAUCUCCUAAUCCCCUGGAGACAGAGAUGGUCAAGAUAGAUGAAAGAGAGGAAAUUGGAGGUGAAAACAACGUAAAGAGGGAGGAUGUAAAGGAGCAAAUCCUCACCGAAGCACCUGAUCAUGCAGAGAACGACUCAAACUCAACCCUGGCGCAAACCAAAACUGCAGAAUCCUCUGCCUCCGAAGCAAAAACACACACAAAAUGUGAAAACUCAGAAGUCCAAAAUGGAAAAGCUGCAUGUGAAGAUGUGAGUGAGGUUCCUGGAGUAAAACAUGCCAUCCCUGAGUCUCCUGCUCCCUUUGGCUGUCACAACAUGCGUACACAAGUGAGCUUGGAGGUGGUGCAGUGUCAGUCUGCAGCGACCAGCCCCAUGACCCCACCCGAGGGGGACCAAGCCUUCUGUUUCCCCAGUGCCCAUGUGAGAUGUGAAGCCGUGGGUGCAGAGACUAAGGACGCUGAGCUGCAGGUGGGUCGGCAGGUGGAGUAUCGCUCAGUGGCUACAACCCCCAUGACCCCAAGAACGCCCGUCUCCACCACUUUCCCUGAGAUCAGGAAGGAAACGAGCACAGAGGAGAAAAUAGUCGAGGUAGAUGAGGCUGAAGAGGAACAAAAAAAGGCUGGAGAAGAGGCCGUGAAGGAGGAAAGAAACUGUAAGGAGAAAUGCGAGGAGCCGAUUCAGGAGGUAAGCUGGGAUGAGAAAGGCAUGACAUGGGAGGUGUACGGGGCAGUAGUGGAGGUGACGGUGUUGGGCUCAGCCAUCCAAAAACAUCUGGAAAAGCAGGUGAGAAAGCAGAAGCUGCAGCCCUCCAUGCAUCCUCCCCCUCCGCUCAACCCGUCAGCCAUGCAUCUUGCCUCUGAGGGCACCCAUGGGGGGUCUGGCUCAGGGAAAGGGAAGAGAGGAGAGCAGGAUGGGGAGGUGGGCCGACGCAGGAGGAACCCCUUCCGUCAGCUGAUGGAGAACAUGCAGCAGCCUCACUGCUGCUCCAGAGCUCACAGCGCUGAGUGACGUGUGAAUAAACAACAGCUGCUUGAAAAAUAAGAGAAUCUGUGCUCGAGAAUCACAUGACAUCUGAGAAGUGCGGCUGGUGCACACAUAUGGUGCAUCCACAGACUCAUUUCAGAGACACUUCCAUGAAAGCGUGAGAGGCGAAUGACCUCCUCACAUGGAACAAAAAAGCACAAAAAAACUUCCAUCACGGAGGAUGGCAAACUGAGAAUCAGCCAUAUACUAUGUUUUCUGUCGUUGUGUUUUUCUUGGUGUUUUAUGUUUGAAAACUGAGCGUAAUAUAUCAGUGUCAUUGUUUGCUUUCUCCUUUAACGUUUUCACCCAGGCCAUUGAAUGAGUUAUGUUAGCUUUCGAUACAUUUUAAAGGCACUUAACACAAUAUAAAGCCAUGGAUAACUACUCUGGGUUGUUAGCAAUCCAAACUUCAAACAGGAGAGAUGACUGUGGAGUGACAGUUUUUGAUUGUGAUUUAUGACCAUGUGGUCAGGAGCUAUAAUCAGGUGUUUUAAAAGUAUGAAAGUGAAAGUGACCUGAAGGUUGCCUUGAUUCGUGUGGCGGGCGUCUCUUUAGCAUCAGUGCAAGCUUUUGUAUGUAUUAUAUUCUGCAGUUCAGAUUUGGCGCAAUGUUUUGACCUGUUUGUUUUAGUAAAGAGUUAAACAUGUACUAAAGAGGGACAAUAAUGAUCACUAAAGAAAAGUAAUGACUUACGAUACAGGGUUUUUUAUUUAUAAAUAUUUUACGUGUUUUAGUGCUUUGGUUAGUGAUUUAGAUGUGUGAUAUAAUUUACCUUAAAUGUGUUUAAAUUUAGAAGUUAUUAUGACGUUAGUGAUGUUGGUGUUCAUAUAUUUACUUCAUAAAAACAGUUGGAGAAUUUACUUUAUUUUAAUUGCAUUUGUAAUACCUUCACUUGGAUAUCAGUAAACAAAGAAUCAGCUGCUUGCAGGAAGUCACGAGAUAAUAUCGCAUGAGGUUUCACUUCCACAACAUGUUUCUCAAACUUGAACCAAACUGAAGAAAAUUUUAAACUUAUAGUACAAAAAAAAAAAAAAACCAACAAAAAAAAAAAAAAAAACAACCUCCAGGCUUCAUUUUGGCUGUAAGGGGGGGGUAAUACUUUUACAGUCUGCAAUGUUUUUAUUAUUUCUCUUUGGAUUAGCUUUUUUUAUUGUGUCAGCUGCAACAAUUUAAUAAUGUGUGUUGACAUGACUUACAAACCAUUUCUAAUCCAUGGCUAAAUAUGCUAAGAACAAUAAAGUGAUUCACAUGUGCAACAAACCAUG